UCCCUCCUAAGCUUGCGUGCUGCAGCAGGCGCGACUCCUUGACGAGCCGGUGGGCGGGAGCAAAGUUUAAGACGAGCCACCGCAGCAAGUUCAGCCUCACAAUUGUUUUUGGACACGGUCUGUUUCCCUUUUGGGUUUUCACAGCUGCGCCCCGAUGGCGCUAGCCAACAGCUCUUCCACGUUGCACCCGGUGAAAAACGAAAACAUCGUGGACAGCACGGCCGCCACCACCGUGGGCGCCCUCAUCCUCAGCCUGGUCUUCCUCUUGGGCUUACCCGGCAACCUCUUUGUCAUCUGGAGCAUCAUGGCUCGGGCCCGAAAGCAAACCAUCACCACGCUCCUCAUCCUCAACCUGGCCAUCGCCGACGGUUCGCUGAUGGCGUUGACGCCGUUCUUCAUUGCUUACUUGGUGAUGAAGAAGUGGGUGUUUGGGACAGUGAUGUGCAAGGUGCUCUUCUACCUGUGCCUGGCCAACAUGUACGCCUCCAUCCACAUCAUCACCCUCAUGAGUCUCUAUCGGCUGCUGGCCGUACUGCGGCCGCAGCGCGUGAGCGUCCUGGUGGGCCACCGGACGGUGACGUGGACGCUGGCGCUCAUGUGGGCGUUGGUGGCAAUCGCCUCCGUUCCCGCUAUCGUCUUCCGCAACGUGAGGACCAAUGCCGACCGCGCCAUCUGCGACUCCUACCACGACGACGAGAGUCACACGGUGGUCCAGUACAUGCUGGAACUUGUUUUGGGUUUCCUGAUCCCGUACAGCAUCGUGGUGGUCAGCUACAUCUGCAUCCUACGCCGCAUCCGACAGACCAAAUUCCGCCGACGCAUUCGUAGCGAGAAACUCAUCUUGGCCAUCGUGGUGACCUUUUGUGUCUUCUGGCUGCCCUACCACAUCGUCAACAUGGUGCAGGUCACGUGGGCGCUCUGUCCUGAGGGUUCGAUUAAAACAACGCUGGCGAAAAUCUGGCACCGAAGUCGCGCUGUCACGUCCGCUGUGGCCUUCAUCAGCAGCUGCGCCAACCCGGUGCUGUACUUCUUUGCCGGCAAGUCAUACAUCCGGCGCGAGGGUCUGGCCUUCAUGGCCCGCCUGUUUGAGGCGGCCGGCCUGGACUCCAUCUCCAGGAAGAGCCGUCAGAACAGCCAGAACAGCCGCGACAAGGACAAAGAGGCAGAUGGGGUCAUGCUGAAGGACAAAUUUCAGGACUCCAACUCGAGCGCCAAUGUCAAAGUGAUGAAGUCUCCGACCACGGAGAAGUCAAAGUAUUCGGCCGACGAAGCCAUGGUGUCCAAUAGCACCGGCGCCUUCUCUCUCCCCGUCAGCACCUCAGCCAAGGUCGGCAUCGCCAUCCUGACCUUGGCCUUCGCCUUGGGCUUCCCGGGGAACCUCUUUGUGGUGUGGUCGGUGGUUUGUCGUGUCCAAAAGCGCUCGGUGACGUGCUUGCUGGUCCUCAACCUGGCGGUGGCCGACGCUUUGGUGUUGCUCACGGCGCCCAUUUUCCUGCGUUACCUGGCCGGGGGGCAGGGCUGGGAGUUUGGCUCGGCGGCCUGCAAGCUGGUGCACUACCUGUCCAGUGUCAACAUGUACGUGUCCAUCUACCUCAUCUGUCUGAUGAGCAUGGAUCGCUGGCUGGCUGUCAGCAGGCCUUUCCUAUCCCAGAGGAUGCGGACUAAGCGCUCCCUGCUGAUUCUCCUCCUGGGAGUCUGGGCCAUGGCCUUCGUGCUGUCCCUUCCGAUGCCGUUCUACCGAAGCAACCUGAGGAAAGUGUUCCCCAACAACGCCACGUUGAAAUUUUGCGUGCCGUACCACUGGCGAAGUGUGGGCCAUCGGGUCUUUCAGUACACCUUUGAAACCAUCAUGGGCUGCCUGGUGCCCUUCUCCCUCAUCAACACUUGCUACUCGUCGGUCAUCUGCCGCCUGCAGAGCGCCAUGUUCCAGCGGCGCGGCAAAAGCAGCCGGCUCAUCUUGAUGAUCAUUUGCACCUUCGCCGUUUUCUGGCUGCCGUAUCACAUCGUCAACACCAUCGAGGUGAUCGGUCUCUUGCAGGGCAGCCAGGCGACGGUAGCGGCCGCCCUGGUGGCCCGCCCCAACGUCACCGCCUUCGCCUACUUCAGCAGCGCCGUCAACCCGAUUCUCUACGUCUUUGCCGGCAGCUCUCACAUCCGCCGGGCCGGCCUCAAUUUCAUGGGCAAGCUCUUUGAGGCCACCAACUCGGAGAGCAGGAGCACGUCCACCUUCACCCGCAGCGGACGCACCAGCUCGUCGCGGGAAGACACCUCGGUGCUGCAGACCCUGUCGGUCAAAUUGGGGAAGCCGUUCAGGGGGAGGCAGGGAGACGGCGGCGACGUGUCGACAAGAGAGAUGGACGAGCCGGAACUGAAGACUCUGGCAAGUGUCGAGCCGUUCGAAUAGUGUAAAUACCCUGAUCAUCUUUCUUUCUAAUGUGGAUUCUUCCUUUUGUUUUUGUAUACCUGCAAUGAUACCCACUUCCAUUGUUUACAUUGUCACAAUGCUGCCUUCACAUAGCUAAUAUUGCUUCAUUUUGAGAGAGCUAUUCAUGUAAUACAGUAAUCCCUCGUUUAUCGCGGAUAAUU